UUUCCGCUUCCUGUCAGGGAUUUCUUUGCAACAACAAUACAGUGAGAGUAGGCGGCAGGCAGAGUGUCCCAGGGAGCCGGACAGUACACGGAGUAUCCCAGUGUAUAGAGAGCUCCCCAUGCUCACAGUGCUGUCCAUGGGGAUGUGUGACACCAGCUAACGAAUACCGGACACUGAACACACAGAGCGAGAGAGAGAGCGCUGCAUCCAGUGUGACCCGAGCGAGACAGCUGGCAGUCAUCAGGUUGGAAAUGCCUCAUUGUUUUGCCUAUGGCUGCACAAAUCAUAGUGGGAAACUUCCGCUUGCUGUUUCUAUGCACUCCUUUCCAAAGGAGCUGCCUUUGGCAGAAGCCUGGGUUCAUCACAGCCGCACCAAUGUGGGAAACGUAAAGGAGUUUGUAAGAGACAUCCUUUUGAAAAAAACAGGGCACUUUGUGCUGUGCUCAGAGCACUUUGAGGAGGAUAUGUUUGAACCAAGCAUUGAUUCACCUAGUGUUCCAUGUGAAUUGAAACCCAAAUGGACAAGACGAAGGUUAAAAGCGAAUGCUGUGCCAACUCUCUUUGCCACCGGUGCCCCCAAAUUACACAAGCAAGCUACACAUCACUUGAAAAUACAUGAGCGAAAACAGCUCUUGGAUAAUCUUCUUCAGCAGCAGAAAAGACCUGAGCUAGAAUCGGAUCAGAUAAGCAGCCCCUCCACCUCCCAGGAUUCAGAAGAACAUAUGGACGAGGAUUGUAUCAGCAACCGUCCAAAGAAACCUCAGUUAUUGAGGAGGAAACUGCUUCCUCUAAAAUCCCAGUGUGUUAAAGGAAGUUUUACUCCAGUACCGAGAGCCUUGCAGAGGAAGACUCCAGCAUCUCGAAACCGGAUCGCUGUAUAUAUCUCAGACGAAGAGUGGGAGAUGUUGGAAGAAUGGCAAAGAGAACUCUACAAGAACAUAAUGAAAGAGAACUAUGAAGCCUUAAUAUCGCUUGGCUACCCAACUGUGAAUCCGAACAUCCUUCUUAAAAUCAAGCAAGAGGAGGUGAUGCGCUAUACUACUCAUUGUUCAUCUGAUGAUCUAGAACAGCCAGACAGUCCCUCUGCAGAUUUUGUGGAUUCCGAAUUCUUAUCAAAGAUUAAGGAAAAUGAGGAACGUUAUAUAGAGAGCAGUCCAGGUUCAGAUGGAGGACAGGCCAAUGGUUUCAUUGAAUCAUAUAAUGUUCCUAUAAGCACCACUAUUGAGGCAGAAAACCGUGGAACUUGGAAUGGCAAUCUGAGCAUGCAAGAAACUAUUUCUGGAACACACAAUUUUUCUCAGCGUUUCAGUAAAAGUCUAAAUGGAGUUUCAGCAAAAUGGAAAACCAGCCAAAUGUCAACAAACUGUUUUGUUAGGCCCAGUGUUAAUGAAAGAAGUUUAAGUCCUGUCUCGGCAGCACAUGGAAGAGGUAGUCCGUAUAGCUGGUUCUUUUGUGAUAAAACAUUAUUACAUCAUAAGGGUAUUCCUCCUAAACAAGGCAAACCCAUGGAAUUAAGACCAUAUAAAUGUUUAGAGUGCGAUAAGAGUUUUACUGUUAAAUCAAAUUUGAUAAAACACCACCGUAUUCAUACAGGGGAGAGACCGUACAAGUGUACACAUUGUUCUAAAAGCUUUAGUCGCAACUCACACCUAAUUACUCACCAGCGAACACACACAGGAGAAAGACCUUACAAGUGUAAUGAGUGCGACAAGAGCUUUAUCCAAAACUCUGUCCUGAUUCAACACCAAAGGAUCCACACUGGAGAAAGACCUUUUAAAUGCAACGAAUGCAAAAAGAGCUUUAGCCAGAAAUCCUGUCUCAUACGUCACCAGAGAACUCACACCAGAUAAUGCCAUAAACUAAAAGACACAACCAAAAGGGACCAGUGACUCAUACUUGAGACCGGUGACAAUACCGAAUAUAUCCUAGGAAAAUAUCAAACUGAUUUGUGGUUGAUCACAAGCAAUACACCAUCUUCAGUCUUGUUGAUUUGGGCAACACUAGCAGAGCAUAAAGCUUUGCAGAUCAACCAUAUGUUUCGAAGAGCCAUUAACGAACACAUAUUUGCUGCAGAGAUUUAAGUACACCCAAUGACUGUUUAGCAACCACUUCAAAAUAAAUUGAUUUUGUUUCGAUAAAAUCAGUAUUUCAGUUGUACGUGAUUCUCCAAAAGAACCAGAACAUAUAUAUUCUGGUCAGCCCAAGAGUUAUGCUUUUGGUCAGCAUCACCUAUAUGUAUAUAUCAGCAAGAUAAGAUGUGGAGGAGGACUUAUGAAAGCGUGAGAGAUGUUCAUUUUGUUAUGUAAGACCCUAAUUUGAACACCGCCAUUAAGUGUUUUUUGUUUUGUUUUUUUCCUUCAGUUUAAAUUCUACUUUUGAAUAUCUUUGUUCUCUUAUGUCAUGUAGCUUCACCUCGGAAGCUGUCACGUUCAUUAAAGCAGUCAGUUGAUAGUUACCAAA